AUGAGUGCUCAAGUUAUUUCCUAUCCGCUUCUGGGGCAAACCACAGUUAUCGCUGAGAAUCAGGUUAACAUCACAGUUGCGUUGUUUCCGCAUAACGAUGAAGAAACCAACUGGGAAGUAGCACUAUGGUAUGGCUCGAAGGGUAUGAGCUGGAAUCAGCUUGAUCUCACCCGAAGUGAUGAUAAUAUACCAAUACUUGCUGCAGACCCUGAGACCUCAGUUUUGGUUUUUUCGAACACUCUGCGACAGAAAUCAUUAAAUGAACAACAUAUUUGUUAUACCAUCAAGUACAGAAGAACCGGAGAGUCAUCCUGGAGGUGGGUGAAUGAUGAUCCCAAUCCUGUUGGUGAUGCAGAGAUCAUUUUCCAGAAAUCACCAGCUACUUCACAGUUGUCUUCUAUCAAGGGAUAUAUCUCCAAUUUAUCAGCUGAUAUUCAUGUCAAGUAUCAUGGACAGCAUGAAGCAUCUGAUUCACCCGUAUGGACUUUGACGUGCCCGAUACCUGCUUCUGUCACUUCAGCUACCGAACCAAGUGUUCAACGAACUACCAUUGGGUUCCCAAGGGAUAUAGUUCAAUAUUUUGCACUCGUCAAACGAAUGAAUUUCUGGCUAGUACCCCGUCAUGGCGGAUCCAAAUUUGAGUUGGGCGAAGAUGAUUGUCAAUUCUAUACCGAAGAUGCGGAACCAAAAGCGAUUUUGGUAUCUUUUCUAAGAAGUGAUGGAAUGAACUUUGUGAUGCUUGCGUUAAGUAUGAAUGGUGUUGUAACGACGCUGACAUCUGGUGAGAAUGGGAGUAUUACUUUUAUAGGAAAGAAUAAGAAUGAAGAGGCAAGAGACGGAAUUGUUAUCUGUGCCGUAGGAAAAACUGUAGAGGAGGGUAUCACAGCUGCAAUGAGCCAUGCAAAAAGGGUUGUUCGGGAAAGCUUGAACACAGAGCCUAUUACGAGUGGAAGGGUCACAAAAUCUCUAGAUCCUAACGACGAGAAAAGUUUCCACGACGAGCUAGUAUAUUGUACAUGGAAUUCUCUAGGUCCUACCUUGACAUCUACUACUCUCUUUGGCACACUUGACGAUCUGGGAAAAUCAUCAAUCUACCCAUCUACAAUUAUCAUCGACGAUGGAUGGCAAUCCAUAACGCCGUUCGGGUCCGAAACUUUCCCAAAUCAACAUCGUUGGUCAAGAUUCGAAGCUUCAUCGGCAUCCUUCCCAGAAGGUCUUGCCAAUCUCUCACUACGGAUUAGACAAUCCUAUCCAUGGGUCAGAAACAUUGGAGUUUGGCACGGCAUCUUUGGUUAUUGGGGAGGUAUUGAGCCUGAAAGUGAGAUCGGAAGGAAGUAUAAGUUGCGAUGGGUAGAAAUCAAUAAUUCGCGGCGUAGCGGAAUGUGGGUUGUAGAUGCUUGCGAUGUGAGAAGAUUCUAUGACGACUUUUAUUCAUUUCUCGUCAGCUGUGGUAUAAAUGCCGUCAAACUAGACACUCAAGGAUUACUAGACGAUCUGAGAAACGCUGAAGACAGAAGAGAAUUAAUACCAGCCUAUCAAGAUGCAAUCCACGCAUCACUACUUUCUCAUUUCGAAGACAGAGUAAUAUCAUGCAUGUCCCAAUAUCCAACCAAUAUUUUUUCUCCUCAAAUAUUACUCUCCUCAUCAACCCAUCCCGCAAAGAAAAUAGCCAUGCGCAACUCCGAUGAUUUCUGGCCCAACGAUCCCGCUACUCAUGCUUGGCACAUCCACACCAACUCACACACCUCACACCUAACCACGCAUCUCGAAAACAUCAUCCCAGAUUGGGAUAUGUUCCAAACCUCCUCCCAAAUCCCCCACUACUCCACAUACCACGCCGCCGCACGCUCUCUCUCCGGCGGUCUCCUAUCCAUAACCGAUACACCCUCUCAUCACGACACCUCUAUUAUCUCCCGGCUUUCCUGCACCCCUUUCCAAUCACCAUCCUCCCCACUAUCUCCCCCCCUCAUCCUACGCACCCACCCCGCAAAAUCCACAUCCGUAUACCCCAGUUCCCACGCCCAUCGCAUAUUAAAACUGCGCACCUCAACCCUCAAAACCAACAUCAAAGUCCUCGGAUUAUUCAAUACUUUCUCAUCCAGUUCCGUCACCGAGAUCAUCGGACUUGAGGAUUUUUUUCCUCUCUCGCAUUCUUCUUUCCCCAAGAAGAAAAACACCACCGAUGAAGAUCCAGAAACAGAAACAGAAACAGAAGAAAAAGAAAAACAAUACAUCCUGCACAGUUCCUCCAACAACAAUCUCUCUCCUCUGCUAUCCCUACAUUCCCGCGGAACAAACGCGAGUAAAUGUUUAAUCACAUUACCCGAAUCCGGAUGGGAAAUCCUCACCGCGUGUCCUUUACAUACUAUUCCUCCUCCUCUCGCUCUAUCUCAAUCUUCCCUUAUCAAUCCCAAUUCUAACGCCAAUUCCAAUUCCAAUUCCACCUUCAACCCCCCACAACAAAAUCCCCAACCCCCCACCAGCCCACCAAUCACCCUCGCCAUCCUCGGUCUCCUCAACAAAUUCGUCGGCGCGGCUGCAAUUCUCAAGAGUUCCUUUUCAUUUUCCUUUUCUACAUCUCCUCUCUCUCCUCCAACCUCAACCUCAACCUCAACCUCAAACUCAAACUCAAACCUACCCUCCUCCUCACCACCACCCCACCAAAACCUCAAUCUCAAUCUCCAUCUCCACAUCCACCUAAAAGGCACCGGAAUCCUAGCUCUAUACAUCUCCUCUCCAUCCUCUUCCUCCUCCUCUCCACCAUCCACCCCACACCUCACCUCCCUCCACAUUUCCCACCUCUCAUCCUCAUCCUCAUCCUCAUCCCCAUCCCCAUCCCCAUCCCCACAAACCCUCACACCUCUCCUCCCCCACCACACAAAAAUCAACUAUCUACCUCACGCGCGCGGAUACAUGGUUUCGAUCGAUCUACCAUCUAUUUUGAAUAUGCGAUCUACUUCUCCUUCUCCUUCUUCUUCUACUUCUCCUUCUCCUUCCAAUUCCAAUACCAAUCCAAAUUCCAAUUCCGCCAUCGAUCCCUCGAGUACGACUACGACUACGAGUACGAGUCUACAAAAUCAGAGAGAACAUGGGGAUAUAUCUAUAUUUAACAACAAGGAAGAUGCAGAUGCAGAUGCAGAUGCAGAUGGAGAUGAUGAAAGUAAAAAUAACAGUCAAAGUGAGAGUGAAAGUGAAAGAGAGGGGAUAGUAGUUAAUAUUGGGAUUAUGGUGUAA